GCGCCCACCCACCCCGCUGGCGUGUCAGAUUGGUGGUGAGUUCUGAACCCCUACCACCUAAGGGGCCCUUCCGCCCUGAAAUCCCGCUCGCGUUGGCCGACAAGGAGGUGGGGCAGGUCCUCCCUCCCGCCGCGGGGAACACCCCUUCCAGCAGCCCUGAGUCCCCAGGUGUCCAGCCUCGCCCUCCCUGCGCUCAGUGUCCCCACCCCCACCCCCAGUGAAAUGGGAUUGCAUUGUGCCGGUGGCCGGGAGAGGCCCCCUCCUGACAGCCUCCUCUGCUGGGCAUGAUGGGUGGGAGGGAGGUGAGACUGAGGUGGGCCUCAGGACACGGAAGCCGUGUGCCACAGGAGGAUGGCUCUGGAAGAGGGCCGGAGCCUGCCCGAGGUGCGGGCGCGAGUGGGGGCUUCGCAUGGCAUCACCGACCUGGCCCACAAGCUUCACUUCUAUGACCAAUGGGCUCCGGAUUAUGACCAGGACGUGGCCGCCCUGCAGUACCGCGCUCCCCAGCUCGCAGUGGACUGCCUCACCCAAGCCCUUCCAGGUCCACCCCACACUGCCCUGAUCCUGGACGUGGCCUGUGGUACUGGCCUAGUGGCUGCAGAGCUGCAGGCUCGGGGCUUCCUCCAGCUGCAUGGGGUGGAUGGGAGCCCAGGGAUGCUGGAACAGGCCCGGGCCCGUGGCCUCUACCAGCGCCUCAGCCUCUGCACCCUGGGUCAGGAGCCUCUACCCAGCUCUGAAGGGACCUUCGACGCGGUGCUGGUGGUGGGUGCCCUCAGUGACGGCCAGGUGCCCUGCAGUGCCGUACCUGAGCUCCUGCGGGUUACCAAGCCAGGUGGGCUGCUGUGUCUGACCACCAGGACCAACCCAUCCAACCUGCGUUACAAAGAGGCGCUGGAGGCCACCCUGGCCAGGCUGGAGCAGGCCAGGGCUUGGGAACGCCUGGUGGCCUGGCCGUGGACCAGUGGGAACUGGCCACCUCCGAGCUCGAGGUGGGGCCUGGCACCUCUGACAGCGACGGCUUCAUCUCCGGCAUCGUCUACCUGUACCGAAAGCAGGAGGCAGCCCAGGCUGAGGGAGUGAGGCCCAGUGCCUAGCCCCCAGCUGGCCUCCGAGCCUCCAUGAGGCCUCGGCCAGGCCCAUGGUUGGGCCUCCUCUGCUUUGCCUGUAAAACGAGGCCGCUGCCCAACCCUGCCCCUCAGGAGAGCUAUGCCUAUUAAAUGAGUCCCAGAAGCGGCAGCAGAA